CGGAUUGGCAAUUCACGAUCGCUACGCCUCCAAGAUCUCACCUACUAUUCCAUGGUUCUGCCCUUCCACGAAAUCUCAAGCUCAGUAUGUCAGUCCUUACAACGACCCGCCCCUGGGUCAGCGAUCUAGCGUCCGGAUACCAGGGCCUAGAAUUCCAAGCUUCCGCACCUAUCCCCGCCCUCCUUUCGCAUCAAGUCCUCGUCCGGAUCAAGAAAAUGCCUCUGCCCCUAGUACCCUGUAGUGAUGGCGCUGGCAUCAUCGUCGCAGUCGGAAGCGAUGUCGGCCCAGAAGAGACAAGCAUCGCCGUUGGGGAUGAAGUGUUGUGUUUAUACAACAAGGAGCACAUGUCUGGUCCCGCGACAGCGUAUCACAUGCAGAUGGGCAGUGAGCUACCACUGGAAGGGUGUUUGACAGAGUAUAAGGUCCUGCCGCAUUAUUCAACGGUGAAAAAGCCGGUGUAUCUGAGCUAG